AUGUUCAACGAGAUACUAACUAAUGACAAUGUCCCAUUCCCACAUCCUGACGAAGGCAAAUAUUAUCUUGUUGAUUCUGGUUAUCCAAACCGGACUGGGUACUUAGCACCAUUCAAAGGCCACCGUUACCACCAACAAGAAUUUCGACGUAUUGCACGGAACAGGACGGCAAACACGCCAAGGGAAUUAUUUAACAAAGUGCACUCGUCCUUACGCAGUGUGGUGGAACGCACCUUCGGUGCCUGGAAAAAUCGAUGGGGGUUUAUUCGAGACAUGCCUCGGUAUGACUUUGCAAAUGUGCAAGUCCAGUUAGUAGGUGCGCCAAUGGCAUUACAUAAUUAUAUACGGCGCAACACAGGUAACCCAACAACUGUUCACCCAAUCUGUGACGAGGAAGAGGCUAUGACAAUAGUAAAUGCCAUAUCAGAAGUUGAACAUAACGAGGAUGGUUUAAUGGUUGGGGAUAAGGACCCACAUAUGGCAUUGAUGGAGAGUGUUGAAGGAAAUGGUGCUGUUGCCGAGUCUGGUUCUCACUCGGUGGGCGAAGAAGGGAAAGAAUUGAACAACUGUGAAGCGGGUUUCUGA